AUGGGCAUUUCAUCACUGAAAUCGGAGGGCACGGUGGAUCCUGUGCAGCAGAGCCUGAAGCUGAAAACAUCAGUCGUGCCUCAAGAACAGUCAAGAGGACUCGGCAACGUUGAGGCGAUACCGAAUUACAGUUUUCCGCAAAAAAGAGCCAAGCGGUGCACGUGUUAUACAUAUAAAGACAAGGAGUGUGUUUACUAUUGCCAUCUGGACAUCAUCUGGGUCAACACACCAGAGCGCAUGGUCCCGUAUGGCCUGUCCAGUUACAGAGGCUCACGAGCACGUCGCUCUCUGGCUGAUAAAACAACUCAGCGAUGUGCGUGCGCUCUCCACAAUGAUUCAUGGUGCAGCAGCUUCUGCUCUAAAGGAGGGAGGUCACCAUGACCAUCUGUUGUGAGGGAGCUAAGCCAUGUUGGAAUUGUCCCGCCCAUGCAUUCCUCUGUCCUAACACCUGGACUUAAUCUAAAGAAAGAGCUUACCUCUGUCUGAAGGGGAGGAGAAACUGGAUUAUCUAAGGGAGACAUGACAGGAAAGACAAGAGACACAAUGGAGGUUUUGUGGAACACUUACAGAAAA